AUAAAAAAUUUUAUUAAAAAAGAAAUAUAUGAAUGAAAAUCACCAUUACUUGAUUCUAUAUACCGUGAAGACAAAAAAAAGGAAACAUAUCACUUUCUAAGAAUAAAAUAAUAUAAAUAAAAUUCUUAUAUAUUCUGCUAAAAAGAUUAUUGCAAACCUUCCUCUUCUAUAUACUACGUUAAAUUCUGAUACUAAUUUAGACCCUUCAGACUCUUCUUCCCAAAAUCACAAGAAGUUCGAUUAGUUUCAGCUAAAGAAAUUCUAAAUUACACUAGAGAAAUUGAAGGUAUAAUAAAAAAAAAAUCCCAUAAAUAAUUGAAUUAUUAGACAAAUUGGAAGAUUCACGACAAAAUAUACAACACUGGUUUUAUUGAGCCAUUGAAAAUUACAAAGUGUUUGAAGAUAGAUUCGGCUAUGAAUCUUGAAACUCAUCACAUGUCAGUUUUUACGCAGAGACUAAAUCCUUUAAAAACGCAAGUUGAAUGGAUGGUUAACGAAGACACAUACGAUUAUCAUCAGGAAGUGGCAAAUGCUGGUUUUGGUGAUAUGCUGCAUGACAAAGAACGUAACCAAAAAUAUUUUGUAGUUAUAAAAAAAAUGGUUGCUAGCAUGCGUGCAGAAGGUCAAGAAGUGCACGUUUUAGAUAUAGGUACUGGUACAGGUAUACUUGCAAUGAUGGCAUGGCACGCUGGAGCAGAUACGGUAACGGCUUGUGAAGCCUUCAUACCUAUGGCUAAUUGUGCUGAAAAAAUACUAAAAGCAAACAAUUUCGGAGAUCGCAUCAAAUUGAUUAAGAAAAGGUCCACUGAUAUACGUAUUGGCGAAGAUAUGGAACGUAAAGCAAAUUUGUUAGUCACCGAAGUCUUAGAUACGGAACUUAUUGGAGAAGGAGCUUUAGCUAUAUAUAACCAUGCUCAUGCUAACCUAUUAACUGAGGACGCGUUGUGUAUACCAUGUAAAGCUACGUGUUAUGCUCAAGUUGUUCAAUCGAGUUUGGCUACACAAUGGAAUUCCCUAAAGCUUUUAGUAAAUUUAGAUGGCGAUAUUUUAUUAAAACCUUCCUCAGAAGUGCUGAAUUGUAGUGGUGAACCAAGUGUGCAUGACAUUCAAAUGUCUCAGCUGCCUUUAGAGCAGAUCAAACCUUUAACUCAACCUAUAGAAAUAUUUCAAUUUGAUUUUAACUGUAAAGAACCUACAGAUGUACAGCGUUUUCGUAAUAUACUAGUGAAAGCAUUUAUACCUGGUUCAACUGACUUGGUGUUUUUUUGGUGGGAUAUCAAAAUGGAUUUUAAGGAGGAAAUUGUGCUCAGUUGCGCCCCAUUUUGGGCUCAUCCUAAUUUCAAAGAACUUAAAGCAAAGGCAUCACCUAAGUUACCUUUAACAAAUGUUGUGCCUUGGCGUGAUCAUUGGAUGCAGGCUAUUUAUUAUAUACCGAGACCAUUAAAGCUAACUGAAUCGGAUGACGAGUUCAUUUUAAAUUGCAAUCAUGAUGAAUUUUCCUGGUGGUUUAAUGUUUUACCUAAGGUAUCUAAUAAUUUUGAAAAGCAAAACAAACGUCAUGCCUGCAUCUGUCGUUUCCACACAACAUAUUCAAGGUCCAGAAUAGGACAAAUUAAUCAAGCUCCACGCAACAAACGUUACUUGCGUUUCUUGGAAAAUAAUAUACACAAGGAUUCAAAUGUUUUGGUUUUAGGCCAUGGUUGUAUUUUAGGGUUGGCUUGCUGUUCCCUUGGCGCCUCUAAAGUAUGGUGUCACGAGCCUUAUAAGUUUUCGCGACAUUUUAUGGAUUCCUUAGUGCAAUGUAACAAACUUAAUAAUGUACAUUUAGUAGAAAGUUUGAAAGAUAUAAAGUCGGAAGAUCUAAGUUCUUUAACACAUAUAAUUGCGGAGCCUUACUUUCUUACCUCUAUACUUCCUUGGGAUAAUUUCUACUUCGGCUAUUUGUUAACAAAAAUUUUGGAGAAAUUAAACCGAUUAGUGCAAAUAUCACCUUUCGCUGCCAGCAUUUAUGCGGUACCGGUAGAAUUUUUAGACCUUCACAAAAUAAAAGCGCCAGUAAGAGAAUGUGAGGGUUUUGAUCUAAGUCUGUUCGAUAAAAUGGUAGAGGUAUCGAUGUCCAUAUCGCAAGUUAAAGUAGAGGCUCAUCCGCUUUGGGAGUAUCCUUGCCGGGCGUUAGCAGAUCCUGUCGAAAUUUUAAAAGUUGAGUUUAGACGUUUCGACAUAGACAAACAUCACCAAGGAGAGAUAAUUGUGAAAGAAUCUGGUCUUUGUAACGGCGUCUGCUUGUGGGUGGACUGGUUUUUGGAUAAAAGUGGCAAUAGCAAAUCUGUAGUCAGUUCGGGUCCACUAGCAUCGAUUAUUCCGGGAGAAUUCAUCAAAUGGGACAUGUUCACACGUCAAGGCGUACAUUUUAUACAUAAUAAUGAAGCCAUUAAAGGUAGUAUAUUAGAAUGGUCGGUGGCCUUUAAGUCUAAAUCAGCUGAACUGGAUUUCAAUUUUGAUAUUAAACACAAAUAAAACUUUGUGCAGCUGGUUUGGCAGCACCAAAUUCCCCCCCUUUAAGGCGUUGGCGCAAAUCUAAAGCCCUUAUGUCGGUCAUGAGAGAAUG